GCGCCGUGUGACAACAACAACUCGUCCGGAGCGGGCGGCAGCGGCGGCGGCACUUCCCGGCUCUUUUUCUCUCUGUCAUUCCCCUCUCAAUCUUUGAUCAAUGUACUCGCCGGAGAGAGCCCGGGUCCUCCACACCUCCUCCUUCUCCCGGUCGCCCUCGCCGCGGUGCUAGCGCGGGGCCGCAGGCAGGAGCUGCCCUCCCCCUCCCCUCGCCCCGGCCCCGCCGCCCGGAGCGGACUUCUCUCCUCCUCCUCCUCCUCCUCCUCCUCCGGCCCCGCUCGCGGGACACUUUGUGCGUUCGGCGCUCACUCCGUCCCUGCUCUGCUCUCCCGCUGCCGCAGCACCUGAGCGGGGCUGUCCCCCUUCUCUUCCCCCUCCUCCUCCCUUCUCCUCUCCUUUUUUUUUUUUUUUUUUUUUUUAAUAGAUAUAUAUUUUUUUUUAAUUUUCCCCCUUCUCCUGCGCGCGUGUGUGGGAACUUUCCCCCUCCCUGCCCCCCCCCGCCGUAUAUGUGACCAUGGCCGUUCCGGCUGCGCUGAUCCCUCCGGCCCCGCUGGUCCCCCCUCAGCCUCCGGUCUCAACUUCUGCCGCCUGCACCACCACCACCACCACCUCCUCGGCGGCCGCCACCUCCUCUCCGGCUCCGGCCAUCGCUCCCCCGCCGCCCGCCUCGGGGACAAACCUAUUCCGCCCGGAGCCCAUCGCAGCGCCGGCGGCGGCGGCGGCCACAGUCACCUCCACCGCCACCACCACCACCACCGGAGGCAGCGGCGGAGGCGGCGGCAGCGGCGGCGGCGGCGGCAGCCCCAGCCUGGGCAGCGGCACCGGCGGCGGCACCUCCGGCACCUCCACGCCCAACGCCGGCGCGGCCGGCAGCCUGCCCGGCAAGCCCGUGUACUCGACCCCGUCCCCGGUGGAGAACACCCCCCAGAAUAACGAGUGCAAGAUGGUGGAUCUGAGGGGGGCCAAAGUGGCCUCCUUCACCGUGGAGGGCUGCGAGCUCAUCUGCCUGCCCCAGGCGUUCGACCUCUUCCUGAAGCACUUGGUGGGGGGCUUGCACACGGUCUACACCAAGCUGAAGCGCCUGGAGAUCACGCCCGUGGUCUGCAACGUGGAGCAGGUCCGCAUCCUGCGGGGGCUGGGGGCCAUCCAGCCCGGCGUCAACCGCUGCAAACUCAUCUCCCGGAAGGAUUUCGAGACCCUCUACAACGACUGCACCAACGCCAGUUCUAGACCUGGAAGGCCUCCUAAGAGGACUCAAAGUGUCACCUCUCCAGAGAAUUCUCAUAUCAUGCCACAUUCUGUCCCAGGCCUAAUGUCUCCUGGAAUCAUCCCGCCAACAGGCUUGACAGCAGCAGCUGCAGCAGCAGCAGCUGCCACCAAUGCUGCCAUAGCAGAAGCAAUGAAAGUGAAAAAAAUUAAAUUGGAAGCUAUGUCCAACUACCAUGCAAAUAAUAACCAGCAUGGAGCAGACUCUGAAAAUGGAGAUCUGAAUUCAAGUGUUGGCAGCAGUGAUGGUUCUUGGGAUAAAGAAAAACUUCAGUCUCCCCCAACCCAAGGAUCACAGGCCUCUAUUAACCACCCCAACUUGCCUGGACAACAUAAUGUUCCAGUUAGCCAUCCUCUCAACCCUCUUCAACAGAACCACCUUCUGCCAAAUGGAUUGGAGCUUCCAUUUAUGAUGAUGCCCCACCCAUUAAUUCCUGUGAGCCUACCUCCAGCGUCUGUCACAAUGGCAAUGAGCCAGAUGAAUCACCUUAGUACCAUUGCCAACAUGGCAGCAGCAGCACAAGUGCAGAGUCCUCCAUCCAGAGUUGAGACAUCUGUUAUUAAGGAACGUGUUCCAGACAGCCCUUCUCCUGCUCCUUCUCUUGAAGAGGGCCGAAGACCUGGCAGCCACCCAUCCUCUCAUCGAAGCAGCAGUGUGUCCAGCUCUCCUGCACGGACUGAGAGCUCUUCAGACAGAAUCCCAGCUGUCCAUCAGAAUGGGCUAUCUAUGAACCAAAUGCUGAUGGGUUUGUCACCUAAUGUCCUUCCUGGGCCUAAAGAAGGUGAUCUGGCUGGUCAUGACAUGGGACAUGAGUCAAAAAGAAUACACAUUGAGAAAGAUGAGACCCCGCUCUCCACACCAACCGCAAGAGACAGCCUUGACAAACUUUCUCUAACUGGGCAUGGGCAACCACUACCUCCAGGUUUUCCAUCUCCUUUUCUAUUCCCUGAUGGAUUGUCCUCCAUAGAGACCCUUCUGACUAACAUCCAGGGUCUACUAAAGGUUGCUAUAGACAAUGCUAGAGCUCAAGAGAAACAAGUCCAACUGGAAAAGACAGAGCUGAAGAUGGAGCUCUUCAGGGAACGAGAACUGAGGGAAACACUUGAAAAACAGUUGGCCGUGGAGCAGAAAAAUAGAGCAAUAAUUCAGAAAAGGUUAAAGAAGGAAAAGAAGGCAAAGAGGAAAUUGCAGGAAGCACUUGAAUUCGAGACUAAACGACGGGAGCAAGCAGAACAGACACUGAAACAAGCAGCUUCAACAGAUAGUCUCAGGGUCCUAAAUGACUCUCUGACCCCAGAGAUAGAAGCUGACCGCAGUGGGGGCAGAACAGAUGCUGAAAGGACAAUACAAGGUUCACUAGAUGCCUAUGCCUAGCUCCCAAUCCGGUUUCCCAAGAUCCCCUCAUCCCACACAAAAAGGUUACUGAGAUGUGAAGCUCAGAGAGAGAGACAAUGGGAGGAAGAUCUCAGCCCUGAGCAACUAAAACAGCAAGUUAAAGUAGAAACCAAAAAGAUCAAACAGAAUGAGAUUAGUCAGGUGGAUGGAAAAUAAGAUCCUGACAAAGAGAGAAGAGUGUUUGAAUAUCAAAAACUUAUUUUGAAGGCUAGUCUAGAAGAGCCCAGGAAGUUGACUAUGGAGUUGUAAGACAUGGAUUAGUGCAAGAUUUGACUAGAAAGAAGUCAUUGAAGACAGCCACAUCUAACAAAUGUCUGCAAACAAACUGCCAACAAAGCUGAUGGUCAAGGGAGAAGGUGCUCCCCACUAUUUUGGAAGUGCUACGGUCAUUUAACCAUGUGUUUAGUGGGCACAUACAUAUCUACCGAACUGAGAACAUGGUAGUAGUUUAUCCACAGUGUUAAAGAAUGACUUCAUUCAAAUAAGACAGUUUCAAGGGUUUGAACUUCAAGUCAAAGGUCUUCAUUACAUUUCCUUGAAGACAGGAUAUUCUUAUACAGAAUUACUUACUAAACCGUGACUUCUAGAAAUUUUCUUGAACAUUUUUGCUUAAUUUCUGUGAUAGUUGUGCUUUAGAAUUUUCUUACUGACAAUAAUCCUGUAUAAAAAAAUGUGGAGGUAGGCAUGGCCACAAACAUAUUCUCACAAACAUAUUCUCUGCCACAAUGUUACUUUUAAUUGUGCAACAAGCUACAGAAUAUAGAGUAAAGAUGUUCUUGGCCUUCUAAAGGUCUCUUUCCUGUGAGAAGUACCAGGUGAUUUGUUCUGCUCUCAGUGUUAAGAAUGAGAACAACAGAAAAUUUACCUCUAUAUACUUUGUCCAACGCAUGCAUGUAUAUUCACUUCACGUAAAAAGAAAAUUUAUGCUAUUGUAUUUGGAGAGUAUGUCAUAAACUCUUUUGAUAGAGCAAUCUUUUGCUGUAGAAGCUUAAGGUACAGUAUAUAUAUAAUACACAUUGGAUAUUGCAUAUCAUAUAAUAUUAUUUAAAUGAAUAAAUAUAUUGAAAUCAAAAUAGCUUGGUUGUAUUUAUAAUUUCAUAUUUUGCAAGGAAGAAAGCAGUUAAAAAGGCUAGGGAUCUUCACUGCUCUGUAAAAGCUCAGUAGGUUUUAGAUAAAAGAAUCAGGUUCACAAUUUGCUUUUCUUUAAACCAACAAUAAAAAAAUAAAAAUAAAUGCUGCUUAUCAUACAAACUACAAAGGUGAAAAAAUGCUGUAUCUAGCAUUGUUCUACCUCCUGUGGCUAGGGACAGAAUGCAGACAUGCCACAAUAAUGUUUUUUAUUUCUACUGUUCAAACCAUAUUAAUGAGAACAUCAUUUUGGAGAACUAAUUAUUUCUAUUUGUCUUGUGUCACACUUUCUAAUUCCCCUAUAUUAGCACAGCCAAAGCAAAUUAAUUGCUUUUCCAGCAGUUGAACCUUGUCCAAGUAUGAGCUCACAUUCCCUUCCAGUUUUGCAGUUUCUAGGAGUGCAUUGUGUCAAAAAUUUCUCUUGAUACUAAACACAGCCCAGAGAAUAUCUUUACAGAUUUCUGUUGCUGCUCACUUGAUGAAAUUUAUAAGUUUAAGUGACCCACUAGGAAAGAUAAAGUUCUUAGCUGCAAGAUUAUACAUCAAAACAGUUAAAGUGAAAUUAAAAUUAAAUGAAUGAAUCUCACUGAAGCAAAAAAAGCAGUAAUUAAUGGUUCCCUUAAUUGUCUUCAUAAAAUAUUUGCAUGGGUCUAAUUUGCAUAAUUUGCAUGUAUUAAUUAAUCUUUCAAAGGAAUUUUGUGCUGAGUGAAGCCAAAAAAUCUCUUUGUUUUAUUUAACAUCUAAUGAAAUAUUUAUCUUCGUUAAUGAACUUCUCAUCUUCAUUAAAAUAAAAAUUGCACAAGUUUGUAUGUUUUAAAUGUUUUUGUAAUUGAAGUAUACAAAAAAUCUCUUCAGACCUACAGUAUCUGAAAAAUAAAUACAGUAUUACACAUUCCAUAUCAUUUUAACAACAGGAACAUUUAAAAUUUCAGAAAUCCUGAUCAAUUUACAAAAAGUUCUCAAAGAGUUUUAAAUUACUUCAAUUACAUGUUAUUAUCUGUAAGGUUUUUUUAUUUACCAGUAGAGACAAGAAGGUAAGCCUUUUGGCACUGCUAUCAUUGUCACCCUGUGAUAGAUAACAGCUCUUAUUGAACCAGGUUUAGGCAUAAAAAAAAAAAGACAAAUACUGCAGGAGUUUAUACAUGAUAUGUGACCAGUUUAUGCUAUACUAGACUAACAGUUGAGGAAAAGCAGUUUAUGAGUUACUGUCUGACACUUAAUGACUGAGGACGGAAUAAGACUGAUGACAGUAACAGUUACAAAGGACAGUAGUUGCAGAGGACAUAGUUAGAUGACAGUUUGUAGAUAUCAGCAAUUCUGAGAGUGUCCAAAAUAGCUAGCUACUCAGAAAGAAAGUAUGCAGUGAAAAAAAAAAAAGAAAAAGAAAAAAAAAAUGUUUUAUGCAAAGUUUGAAUAUAGAAGUGUAAGGAAAUGUAAAUAAAUAAAGUACAUUGCAGAAACCUGUUUCUGUUAAAAAAAAAAACGUCUAAGGUGAUGAUGAUUAGUAUUUAGGAACAAAGUUGAAAGCUGCUAUGAAAAGAGGGAGCCAUCUAGAAUGUCAAGGUAAUGUAUCAGCUACUCAAUACUGUUGGGAAUUAUAUCUGUGGAGAAAGAAUAUUAAAGUAGGGUUAAAAUAAAAUACAAAAUUUUAACACUGUACAGAAUAGGAUUUGUGAAAUUGAAUUUUUUUUUUCAAGGAUAAGUACAAUAUUAUUGGAGUAAUAAAAGUAUACUUGAAGUAGGGAAAUGUUUGGGGAUUUAGAAUACAUAGAAAUUAUAUUUACACAAUAAAAUAGCGCAGUGGGAUUUGUAUUCAUUUUCAGUAUGCCUGCAUAUGUUUAAAUACUUGCACGGAGAGUUUAUAAACACACUAAUGUUUUUGAAUUAAUUUUAGAUGUGCAAUACCUUUGAAAGCCAACCCAGCAGAGAAGGAAAAGUAGGAGCUGUUUAAGCUUACUUUACACAACAGCACUAAUUGUACAAAAGAAGUAAAGAGAAAGGAGGUUUAAGUUACCGAAACUGUAUAAAACUCAUGUUUUACUGCAUUAUGCUAGCUUUUUUCAACUGAUAAGAUACAUGGAAUUUUGCAGAUGCCAUAAAGGCACUAUAGAUACUGCUGUCUAUUAUGAAGGUGUAAAACUUGUGGAAUAGCUCCUGAGGCAAUGCAACUAUCUAUAAAAUAUGCAAGCAAUAUCAGUGGGAGAAAUAUGUUUCACAUUUGUGGGGUAGGUGACUUUAUCUGAGCUUGUUGGCUGGACUCCUGUUAGAGUCAGCGAAGAGUAAUAGACAUACUUCUGCCUUUGAAUUAAAUGAAUCAUGCCUUACAAGUCACUUCCUUGCAUAUAAUGGGAAUCUAAAAAAAAAUCUCAAAUGUAGCUGUCUGUAUUGCAGGAGCUGGAAGUUACUGUGAUGAACCACCUUGGUUGUUUAUUUUCCUUUUUGUUUGCCACAGAAUGUCAGCAUUGCUUGUGACAGUAAACAGACCAUAAGCAGAUGAAUUUCAGUCAGUUUUUGUAACUGCCAGUGUUGAAAGUGAGUAAUUGUGCAUCACUUAUGGAACAAUACCAGUGCCUGACAAUUGCUCAUCUGCUUGAUGUAGUUCUGUAAUGUUGCAAUAUUCCUGACUACAGUUCUGAAAGUUGUAUAAAGCAAGAUCUUCAAAUGAAGAGAGGAUAAAUCCAAUUCUACAUUAACUCCGAAGCUUUUCAGCAUUUAUUUCAAUUUGAUGCUACCAGUGCAUGAAGCAAAAGUUAAAAGAAGCAUUCCAAACCUUCAGAAAUAAGAAGAGAAGUAGAUCACAGAAUCACAGAAUCACAGAAUGGCCUGGGUUGGAAGGGACCUCAAGGAUCAUGAAUCUCCAACCCUCCUGCCGGGCAGGGCCACCAAACUCCCCAUUUACUAGACCAGGUUGCCCAGGGCCCUGUCCAAACUGAACUUGAACACCUCCAGGGACGGGGCAUCCACAACCUCUCUGGGCAGCCCGUUCCAGCACCUCACUACUCUUCUGGUAAAGAACUUCCCCCUAACAUCCAACCUAAAUCUUCUCUCUUUCAACUUAAAACCAUUCCCCCUUGUCCUGCUGUUAUCUACCCUUUCAGAGUUUACUCCCUUCUUGUUUAUAGGCUCCCUUCAGGUACUGAAAGGCUGCGAUGAGGUCACCCCACAGCCUUCUCUUCUCCAGGCUGAAUAAGCCCAGCUCCCUCAGCCUGUCCUUGUAGGGGAGGUGCUCCAGCCCCCUGAUAGAUGUAAUUUUAGAAGUAGAAAAAGAAGGUAGAAGAUAUCUCAGAAUUCUAGAUAAGAGUGUGGUAUCAUAUAACUAAUAUAGUUGCAUGAUAUCACUGUGACAGUAUUACUAUAUCCUUACUAAUUUGUAAUGGAAAACUAGUUAAUGUGUCUCUGUUUAAAUAUAAUUAUGCUUGCAAACAAGGCAUGGGUUGGAUGAAGUUGGAUGACUUGAUGAAACAUAGAAGUCUACAGUGUAGACAUGUACACUUGUGCUUGUCACCCUCAAUCCUCUGUGGAGGGAGUGGAAAGAAAUGUCUGCAAUAGAAUUUACUGCUUCAUAAAGCAGUUAUCUAUAAAUCACCUCCGUCUAUGGGAGGAGCAUAAGUAAGAGUACCCUGCUGUAGACAUCUACAUACAACUUUUUUAAGCCCAGUCACAUUCUAGCAAUGCUGAAUUCAGUUUCUGGAGGCGAGAAAAUAACUUUUUUUUAGUUGUUGUUGUUUGUUCUUGUUUUUUUUUAUUUUCCUGCUUUUGGAUUUUAUACUUUUUUUCUGUAUCACAAAUUUGUUCUACAGUUGGGACUGUAAUUUUAGCUCAAAAUAAUAUAAUUGGAAAGAAUAAAGGUAGCAUUGGCACACUUAUGAGAAGUAUAUGCUGAGAAAUCACUGUCUUCUCAUGUCACAUUUUGCAGCAAGAAAGAAUUAGGUGGAUGUUUUCAGAAUAAAAAUGACAGCAUUUGUUUGGGUUGCUUAUUUGGUUUAAGAGCAGUGUUUUGCUGUUUAAUUAUUUGGUAAAGGAACAGCUCAGUUUUUUGUGUUUCAGUGCAGUUUCAACCAAUGCCUUAAGCCCAAAUCAAAUCUGUAUGCAGUCUUCAUGCACUGAUUUCUUACCGGCAACACAAAUGCUUUGGUAACUCAUAAGAGUGUUGUGAAACUUAAUUGAUGUUGGUGAAGUGUUCUGGAUCUUGAAUGGAAGGCACAGUUGAAAUUCGCUUAUAUUGUUAACUUUGUCUUUUAUGUUUUCAUUGGUGACUACUCAGAGUCUAAAGAAUUAAAAAGUGGCAAAAAAAAAGUGAUACAAGACAGAGUAAUUUACAACUAAUAUAAACUAAUCAGUUUCAAAUCUAACACAUGAAGAUAAAGAGACAAAUAUUUUAUCAGAUCUUGUAAAGAAAUAAUUGAUUGCCAUAAAUGUAAGUAAAGGCAACCUCAUUGUCAUUGAAGAUAUGUUAAUUUGAACUAACUGAGGGGCUGAGAAUUUAAUUUUAGAGUGGCCAAUAUUUUAGUUUUCAUAAUUUCUCUUUGCCAGUAUGAUGAAAACAACAGCAUCAAGAGUAAAGCACAAAAUACUGAUUUUUAUGUCCUUCAUCAAUAGGAAAUAUUAAAAUAAAAAGUCUUAAUAUAUCUGUUAUGUUGCCUCAUUGCAAACAAACAUAACAACUAUUAUGCCAAAUCUAUUUUAAUUCCAAAAACGUUUUUAUCUGUGGUUAUUUUUGUUUUAACAAAAUUAAAUAUGAUAGAAUAAAACAAUUUGGUUUUGUAGAAUUCAAGCAUUCAGCUUUCCAGUGGAUUUGAUUUGGAACAUGACCCAUCUCUUUUAGUGUCUCAAGUUCCUAUAAAAGAAGAAUAGAAUAGAAUAGAAUAGAAUAGAAUAGAAUAGAAUAGAAUAGAAUAGAAUAGAAUAGAAUAGAAUAGAAUAGAAUAGAAUAGAAUAGAAAUAAAUCAACUAAGAAAAGUAAGUAAAAAGGCAGUAGAACUAAAAUUAAUACAUUUGGAAGGAAUACGUAGCCAGCAUCAUGUCCAUCAAUAGCUAAAAUCUGCUGUCAGCACAUAUCUAUAAUAAGUAUUCUUCCAGUGAACAGCCAGCAGACUUCUAAGGAGGAAAAUCUUUCCUAUAGGGUAGACUGCCAGCUUUAAAAAGAAAUCUCUAACAUUUCAACCCUUCACAAGAAGUAUUUUGGUCAUUGUAAGGUUCCAGAAGAACAUAAUGAGAGACAGCAGCAUAUAUAAUGUCAGUGUGAUGUCAUUUUGUUGAGAAAUGCAAAAUGUAUAUCGGUAACAGUAAAAGGAAAUUUUUUCCUAUUAUAUUCUUGUCAGUCUUUUUUUUUUUUUUUUUUUUUUUUAAAGUUAUGCAACCUCUAAUUAGGAAAAACAGCAGUAGCAUAAUAGUGUAUUUAUCACAGAUGUUGGAAAAGAUGGAUCACAAAGUGCUAUAGCUGGCAUUGGAAACAAAGUGUUACAAAGUUAGGACCAAGAAAUUUGAUGUGCUAGUUUAUGUGCAUGAAAUUAUAAUAGAGAUUGUUAAAAAUAUACAAUGCUAUAUUAGAUAAUUCGAGUUUUGACUUGUUUAUUUAGUCUCUGUUGAUUCUGCAAGUUUUGCUUAUGGUAAACUGUUGGUGCAACCCUUGCAUUAAAAGACAUGUAUUUUUCAUGACAUUGUUUUGCACUGCAAUAUGCUGGCUACAAGUCCUUUCAAGUAAUCAAAUUAUAUUGAAUACAAACAUAAAAUAAAAAACAGCAAUAAUUUACACUCACUUUUAGCUUUACAGUGUGACUCAAAGUUAUAUACUCAGUCAUUGAAGAGAGUACCGUAUGUUUACACAUUGAUGAAUUGAAAAUAAAAAUAUUGCGGUUGGAUCACACUCCUUGGCUUCAUGGGCAGUAUUGGAAGCAUCAUAAAAGUAGUAUAAUUGACUAGAGAACCAGUUCCAUUUUCAACCUUAUCAUCAUAUUUGUUAUGACUAUCACAGUUACUAUCGCAGCAGUAACUAUGCCAUCGUAAGCAAUCUAGUUCCCAGUGCUAAAAUGAUAAAACACUAAUAAAACCUGCAAAAAUCAGCUCUAUUUCAGUUCCAAAUGGGCAGUAGUUCCAGAGUUUGAUCUUAAACAUUCAGUACAUGGAAGUGUCCUAAUUUUAGGAAUCAAAAGCUAAGUUUUCCCUUUAGAGUUUUCCAUAUUCUCACAAAGCCUGUGACUCUCUUGGAUUUUCCCGCUAAAAUUAACUGGACCAGAUUUUCAGUAAGUACAUUCAGUUUAUUCUCAGUUCUUGUCUCACGUCUUUCUAAAAUGGUAUAGCAUUACAGAUAGAACUGGGUGGGAUUUGAAGCCUGCAAUUUAUAGCAAUUGUAUCACAACUAUACUCUUAAAGACCAUUUUAAUACUUUUCUCAUCUUACAAGAUUACAACAGAACCCAAUUCCUACAGUAGAAAACAGAGAUGUUUUGUGUCUACCUAGUACUUAAUGUAUUUACAAAGAAUGUUCAGAGUUUUUUUUCCUAUGAUAAGCCUAUAAAUGGAAUUUUGUUUCCAUGCUGUGGACUCAUUUUGUUGCAUCAUACUGAUCUGAAAUUAUUCCUUUUUCAAUUCACCUUGAGCAUGUGCGCCCAGCUUCCUAAACACUGUUCCAGGAGAGCUACUGUAAAGUGCUAUGUAUGACCCUAUUAAUAUAUUGCUAUUGAAAAUUGGCAGUAGAAGUGCAAAAGUAAGAAGAAAAAGAAAAAGCAACUAUGAAUCAAGAUUUCCAUUUCCUCUGUUUUGACAAAAUCCAAUUUUCUUGCUUCCAAGUAAGAAAAUUUUACACUUCAGAUGUUCUGCAGUUCUUCUAACUCCAAGGUAGUCUCCUGAUUCCAGAGUCACUGGUUAAGAUGGCUCUGGGAUUUAAUUUAGCCAGUUUCUUUUCUCUUGCUUAGUUUUUGAUGAUGGACUGUGGUGCUAAGUUCUCUUUGAGAGCGCAUGCUGCUUCCAUAUGGUCUGGGAUUUCUAUAAAGGGGUGCAUCCAGGACACUGUCUGUCAUGACAUGUUGCUUUUUCUAAGGAAUCUCUAUUGGCAAAGACACAGAAUGGUGCCAGAUUCAAACCACCUGGCCCUAAGGCUAAUUGAGUUUUUCCUGGGGGGAAGAGUAAUAAUUUUGAAGUACCUAUGUGAAAUUAUGUUACUACUGAGAGAGAAUGGGAAAGGUUGCCUUGUCACCACAGUGCUUAAAUGCGUCUAUGAAGAUAAGCCCAAGACAGAAGUUGACAGUCAGGGGAAUUAGUGUGAAUUAUGAAUUGAAAGUCAAUUUACCUGAUCCAGCAUUAAUAUUUGUCAGAGAAACAGAGUUCUCUGGUUCAAAUAGCUAGUACUUUUCAUUUUUUUACAAGAGUAGAAGAAUUUUCCUUAAGCAUUGUUUGGUGGCUUGCUACUAGGUUAAAUUCCAUAUACAUCUUUCAGCUUGAUGCUUUUAUCAUACUUCAUGUUUGUAGCUGUGUUACUCAUGCUAAGACACAGGAAAUUCAUUAAGAUCUACUCAUAUUUCUAUUUAGCAGUAAAGAUUAUAUAUGAGUUUAGUUGAUUGCUCAUUAAUUAGGUCAUGACUUCUGGUUUGUUUUCUAUCACUUUUGACUCUUGUUCUCAGCUGGCUUGCUUGAUGCCAUUGACUACCAUCAGCUUUCUUUCAUACAAAAUACCUAAAAGUGGCAAGCCUUUGUUACAUAUGUUUUGACAUCCCACACAUCCUUAAUAGAUUUUCCAUGAGCUUGCCACUGUGAUCUUCAUAUUUUACAACCCCAUUCCUUCUUAUUCUACAUUUGACCAUUUCUUCAUGGUUUGCAUUGGACUGUAAUUCUGUUUUAGGACACAGAUGAGGAUAUGAGUUGUUGAAUAUCAAAUUAAAAUGGGGUGUUAAUGUGAUACUGAUAUUGGAAUGGAAUUCCACACAUAACAUAAUUGAUGUAUGCACGGUAAUGUAAGCAGUAAAGCUAAAUGAUUUCUUUAAAUAGCUUCUACUUUCCAUUGAAAUGGGGAAUAACCUUUGCAGCAUUUGAAAUGACAUCUCAGUAACUGGAAUUAAGGACAAGCUGGAUCAUACUUUUUUAUUAAUUGUGUUUUAAGUCUAACCUGAAAAUGACAGAACACUAUUCUACCUUUUAGUUAUUGGGGUAUUAUAUCCAAUUAAUGUUACUUGUUCAGAGAAGAAGUAGUUUGUAGGGAACAGAUAAGAUAAGCUUGUGAAUCUGUGAAUGAGAUGUACUGCAUAGGAGUAUUAGGCAAUAUAUGCAGUAGGUAAGGUAUAAGAUAAGCCCUUUAUUGUGUUUUAUAAAGAAGUCUGGGGAAAAGCUCAAGAAAAGGUCGUGCUAUAAAAGAACUCGUCUUCAUAAAUCAUUUGUAGAUGUUGAAGUACAUAAACAUCACACAGUCUGGUGAUGGAAACAAUAUUGACCACAACAAAGUCAUAGCUUCAACUAUCUCUGGCAGUGAAAAUAUAUGAAAAUAGUACCUUUCCAGAGGUUCAUAAAGCCAAGAACUUUAUUAAUCUGCACUUCAUUGUGUGUUCUCUAAAUGUAAACACUUGUGUCAAGCUAAUACUUAGCUUCUAGUUAAGUGACAGAAAAGGUCUCUGUGUGUUUCUGUAUGUCCUUUAUGAAGGAAGGGAUAAUUUUAACAACUAAUUUGUACAUGCUCUUACACAAAUAUUUUCUGUCAUUUGAUUUCAACUUAGAGGCAGAAAAUUUCUUGAAAACAACAGCAAAUGUUAUAUAAUCACAGAAUCAUAGAAUUGCCUGGGUUGAAAAGGACCACAGCGAUCGAGUUUCAACCCCCCUGCUACAUGCAGGGUUGCCAACCACUAGACAAGGCUGCAUAGAGCCACAUCUAGCCUGGUCUUGAAUGCCUCCAGGGAUGGGGCAUCCACAACAUCCUUGGGCAACCUGUUCUAGUGUGUCACCACCCUCUGAGCGAAAAACUUCCUCCUAAGAUCUAACCUAAACCUCCCCUGUCUCCGUCUAAAAUGAUACCCCCUUGUCCUAUCACUAUCCACCCUCAUAAACAGCCAUUCCCCUUCCUGCUUAUAUGCUCCCUUCAAGUACUGGAAGGCCACAGUGAGGUCUCUCCGAAGCCUUCUCUUCUCCAAGUUAAACAAGCCCUGUUCCCUCAACCUCUCCUUAUAGGAGAGGUGCUCCAGCCCUCUGAUCAUCUUAGUGGCCCUCCUCUGGACCCGCUCCAAGCGCUCCACAUCUUUCCUGUACUGAGGGCCCCAGGCCCGGAUGCAGUACUCCAGAUGGGGCCUCACAAGAGCCAAGUAGAGGGGGACAAUCACCUCCCUCUCCCUGCUGGCCACCCCUUUUUUCAUGCAGCCCAGAACACAGUUGGCCUUCCGGGCUGCAAGCACACACUGCUGGCUCAUGUCCAGCUUCUUGUCUACCAGGCCCCCCAAGUGCUUCUCUGCAGGGCUGCUCUCAAGGAGAUCUUCCCCCAGUUUGUAUGAAUACCUGGGAUUGCCCCGACCCAAGUGCAGCACCCUGCACUUGGCCUUACUGAACCUCAUCAGGUUUUCAUGGGCCCACUUCUCCAGCCUGUCCAGCUCCCUCUGAGUGGCUUCCCUUUCUUCUAACAUAUCGACUGCACCGCUCAGCUUGGUGUCAUCCGCAAACUUGCCGAGGGUGCACUCAAUGCUAUCGUCUUUGUCUCUGAUGUAUUGUUCAAUUGUAUUUUAUUCAAAUUUAAUGUCACAAUCAUAUUUUCCUCUACAUGGAGGAAAUUGUUUAUUUUUUUAAGCUUAUUUCAGUAUUAACAUUACGACUGGCCUUAACUGUUUAAUAUUAUUUUGGUAAUUAUGCCUAUGAUCCUAUAAAAGUGAUCACUGCAGCAAAACACUAAAAAGUCACACCUUAGCAGAAAAUUGGGAAGUAGACCAAUCAGACUAAAAGAUAAAUCAAAACUAAAGAUAGAAGAUAAAAUGCUGUUUCCAUCAACGUUUUAUGAGAAGGCAAAAAAAAAAAAAAAGUAUAAAUCAGAAAAUACAUCAGAAACUACAUUCCAAUGCUUAGAACUCAACUCUUUCCCAAUUUUAUGCUAUCAAAUCCAAAGUUUCUUUUGAAUUGGCUUGCUGAAAUAUAUAUACGAGAAAAGCUCUUUAAGUUUUUGAAUAUUUUGUAGCAAUAAAGCAUACCUUUAUGCAGCAUUUAAACUUUUUAAUGUAAUGCAGAUUGAUCUUUAUAAGCAUUAUCCACACCAUGAUACAAACAGAACUGAACACAGUGAGCUGUGAAAAUUCCCAAGCUGGUCAUAUUUAGCUGUGACUUCAUCCUUCAAUAACUCUUCCACACGGUUCAUCAGUUGAAGAUGUUCCAUUUUGAUUUUUUUUUCCUUUUUUAAAAAUUAUUAUUUUAACCAAUAGGUGUGACUGCAAUGCAAUUCCUAAAAGACAUAGGUUCAGUGAUACUAAGUAAUUGGUUGUGUUGUCUUUUUUUUCUGGAUGUACUUUUACUCUGUUUAUACAAAUAGAAAAAAGGUGACUAAGUUCACAAGGCAACAAUAAGAGACAUGUGAUUUUUCAAAACGCAUUCCUUCUAGAGAAUUUCUCACCUUGCCAGUUCAAUUUUUUCAGUGCUCAAAAUGGCAAGCUCUCUCUGUUCUACAUGGUCUCUAAAUUAUAGAGGAUGACAUAUUCAGGCAGUCCAUCGCUUUGUCAGUUUGCUAAAGACCAGAUUGCUGACCUUUAGCUUGCAUCCACAGUAUUCAGGGAUGCAAUGAAAGCAUAUAGUCAUGAUUAAAAAACAUGAUAAAAUUACUGAAAGAAAAUCCCCAUAGUUAAUAGCUAAAAUAGAUGCAAAAAGGAAAAAGAAAAAAAGGAAAAAAAAAAAAAAGAUGGUUAGACAUCUUUCUUUGAACAUCCAUUGUUUGAUUUUACACCUGGAACUUCAGAUAUAGAAUUAAAAUCUUCAAAGUAUAAAUUAUUAUUUUGAAAGGAAAGGCACAACCAUCUCCAUUUCCUGAAUAUUUGCACUGAGUAUUAAGACACAUAUAUUUGUACAUGAAUGUUAAGUAGAGAAAUGAAAGGUGUAUGAUUAAUAACAGUAUGCAAAUUUGAAACUAAUUUAUUGGUGUUAUACAAAGGGCAAAUUAGGAUAGUGUUUGGCCAAAUAUGUUUACAUACUUCCUAUUUGCAUGAGUUUAUUGAUCAUGUAUGGUGAAAACAUCCAUCUUUGCAUAAAAUGUAGAUAUGCACUAUUUUUUUUUUAAGAAAAAAGAAAGAGCUACUCAGUUGCUCUAAUUUCAAAGUCUCAACAAUUUGUCCAGCAUUUCUCAUAGCUCGUUUACUCCAAUACAGUUCUAAGGAAGCAGACAGGGAAUUCAUCCAUGUUCCUCAAUAUGUGAUUGACCAGUAACAAAAUCAGGAUAGUAUAAAUCCUUCUGUGAAUCUUUUAUGUGUUGAGUCACAAAGCUUCAGUGUUCUGAUUAACCUUGUACUCUGGGAGGAGUCUUUUCCCCUUACAAUAUAUUGUUUUGCAUUUUAUAGGGGAAAUUACAGUAAGUUCUACUCAGUUGAUUUUGUGACUGCAUUUUACAAAAGUGAGGGUUUAUAUUCUCUGUUGCACUCUGCGAACUCUGAAGAAGAAUCAACUGCAUCAAAAAUGAUUUUCCUAUGACUGAAAAUGUAGACUCCCAUUUUUAACUUCCUGCUUUGGUGGAAAAUAAAUCCUCUUUUGUCUCUAUUUUUUAAUAAAAUAAAUUAAGAGUAUACAAAAAUAGAUUUCUUCCUUAAUUAGCUGCUUCCUUUAACUUUGCGAAGAAGGGUUACAAUUUAACUAAGAUCCCUUCCAUCUGUUGCAAUAUGCUUGCUUUUAUUUUGACUUCCCGUUGCUGUCUUAGCAAACAUCACAUGAAUCAUUGCCAUUUGUUUGCCAUCCCUUCCUUUUGUUUUGUUUCUGUUCCUCCAAGUGAUUAAAACAUCAGGCUGAAUGAAAGGUUAGAAGUACACUGUAAUUCACAUUUGCCCCAUCUUAUUAAAACAAAUAAACCAACCAGUUAUAUAAUUUAAAUGUGCUUGAGCUAUGGCUUGCAGAUGCUUUUAUCAGCUCUGGGCUGAAGAGGUUGUGUGCAUUCGGGCAUGCACGCACAAGUUUUCUUUGAAAUGGACAAACCUCAUUAGCUCACAGGUGCCUGGAAAUAACUUCUGAGAAAAUAGCUGCCAUUUUCAAUAACGCUACUUCCUAACAGGAAACACAAUUUAUUAUGUUCUUCAGCACAAAUGAGAAGCUUUUCUUUUAUUUAGAUGAAGUUAGCCUCAUUUUAUGUCUCAAAUAUUUUAUUUAUUUUAAUCUGUUGGAUUUAAAGACGAGAGUGGAUCAUAGUAUUUUUCACUCUAGUAUUACAGAUUAUAAAAUGUUUAGGAAACAACUGUAAUAAUGCCUAAGUUAUUAAAUAUGUGUUUCACUAAUUUACCAUAAGUUACUAAAUUUUCUUGCAAUAACAUGUCUUGUUGUACGGAAAGUCAAAAAUGCUUCAUCAUUCCAUCAACUUGCUAGAGCAAGAGUUAACAAUUUUUGAAUGUCUGUAGGCUGUAUAUACAUUUAAAUUGCCUGUAGGCAAUGGUAUAUAUAUGUUGAGGUUCAGUACAAAGUUUCUUCAGUCUCUAGUGAGCACAUUGGCUAGUCCUGAAGAUUUUGUGUUGCAACAUUAAGUUUUAAAAGAAGUUUAUGACCUAAAUGUAGGUCAGCUCAGUCACCAACAGUAGAAAUUACUUCAAAUGGACUUUUUAAGCCAAGGAUCUACAAUUUCAAUUUGUACGUGUUUGUGUGUGUUUUAUGCCAAUAGGGUAAAUAACACUGCUAAGGACAAAAAACUCAGUGAGAAAUCAUCACCACAGUGAUUCUUGGUUAACUAAGAAGAGAGAGGGAAAUGUUAGAGGAUGACACAGAAGAACAGGGAAGUCACAGAUCACUUUGGAGUCUGAACUGGGAAUACAGUUCCUAUCCUCUCUCCUUCAGUUGUAUUCUUAUUAAAGAAAGAGAAAUAAAUUUGAAGUGUGUGUUCUUCACUUUGAAAACAAAAAAGGAUGAGUAGGUUCACCAUUCAGAUAUCCUUAAGACUCCUUUUGAUUGAAGAUCAGCUCAAUCAAUGGCCUGUACAUAUUUGACAAAAUCAUGUUAACAGUAUUUAGAAACUAUAGGGACAAUAAAUUGGGGUUACUUUAAUAUAAGAGUUACUGGAUUUUGACUGAUAUUUAUUGUUCUGUGGCUCACAAGUUAUGAUCAUACAUAAAAAAUAAAAAUAGUGCAAUUAAUUAACUAGUCAACCAAGAAAUCAAAACCAUAACAUUCUACCUUUACAAAGCUCCAACAGAGUUUCCUGAUUUUGUCCAUUUUUUCUCCUUCUCAUACAUCAUUUUUUCAUUUAAAACAAAAAAAAUAAAUAAAAACCUCUAAACUCUGGUUUUCUUUCUCAUUAGUAAUCUGCAAUAUGCCACCAUAUCUUCUAUGAUUUUUUUCUUUUUCCUUUUGUUUUCCAAACAUCUUCACUGCUGAGGAGGGUUUUCCUCAGUAGGCAUUUUUAUGAUAGCAGUUGACUAAACUCAGGUCUGAUGCCACACCUUUGACACAGAUUUGCAGAUUUUUAUAAACUAAAGGCUGUAGUAUGCUCUUAUGAGAGUCAUGAUUGUCAUUAUGUUCAUUUUUAAAGCAGCUCUCAGGAUACAAACUAAAAUACUAUGUAUCUGAAUGAUAAACCAAUGUGACUUGCAGUGAAUGACAGAAAUACGUGUAAUCAUCUAAUGUAUGAUUUAUUUAGUUUGCAACUAUAAUCACACAACAUUUCAUUGUAGAUUUUUAUCACUUUACAAGAAUUCAUAUUAACAGGAAUAAUAUUUGAGUGAGUUUAUGUUUUUAACAUAAGAAACUGCUAGGCCCAUAGAUAUACUACAGGCUACCCAUACAACGUUAGUGUAAAUCAGUCUCCAGCUGACUUCUCUGUGGGAAUGCAUUUUAAGGCAUGUGAUCUGUUUCAGCAUUGCUAACUUUUAUGGCAUAUCAGUUUGUUUGUUUUCUGUAACACUUACGACCUUAUAACUAUUUGAGCAUGUUCAUUCAUAAACCUCAAAGUGAGUUUUAAUUAAAAAGAGUUGAUCUAAAAAAAUAUUCACUCACCCUGGCUAGAAUUUCUGUCACAUCAGUCCACAGAGAGAAAGAAAUCAGAUUUAGGAGUAGUGGCAUUUUCAGUUUUAGUUACUAGCAUGAGCUUUUGUGAUCUUGCUGAACACUACUAUUUGCAAAAGAGCAAUUAAAACAGAUGACGAUCUGCUAAUCAUGCACAGUUCUAUUUAGAAAUGGAGCAGUAUUUUCCCAGUUCAUGUUUUUAUUCUAUGUAGAAGUUUGUAAAUUUGAGUUAUUUUACUAUAGAUCAACAAUUUUCAGGAGGCUAAAAAGAUACUCCAGCAUUUUAAACAAUUUUAGAGAAUAGCUUGUGUAUGUGUAAUGUAUGCUUGUGUGCAUACAUCUAUGUUUGUGUGAAUAAUGUAUUUGUUUUACAUUAAAUGUUUUAUAUACAGAUAGAUAAAUUCUGUAUUCACUAACGAUAGAAAAUAAUGUGAAGUAUGUUUAUAACAAGAUUUGGAGGCAGGAAGGAGAGCCACGCCCAUGAGGCAAGAUUUAGGAGUAAAAGUAGUGGCAUUUUUACACAGUUACUUAGCAUUAGGUUGCAUGUUUUCUGUUAACUUAGUACUAUUGUGACUUGUAGAUUUUGCUUUUGAUUUUAGCCCUGAAAUCAAGAAGGGCUAUCAGUAAGACUUCUCUGGCAUUCUGAUAGGAACACUGGCUACACCUAGAGGAAAAAUGUUUGAGGUGACUUUGACAACAACAUUGAGAGGUUCCAGUAAUUUCAGAAGAACCCUUGAACAAUGAGAAUUGAGAUGGAAAUGGUUUGGAAGAAGGAAACAGCAGUCUGUUAAAAGAAAAGGGACAACGAUCAGAUAGAAGCUCUGUGUUUGGUCCCCCCAUAACGGUGUGAGAUAAUCAUUCCUCUUCAGAGCUGUGAGCUACCUAUUUUUCCUUCUGUAGUUUGAAGUCAUGUUUCUUAUGGUCGGUGCUAUUUAACUGUUGUAAAUUCAUGAGUGGCUACACAUAGGAGCAUGCUAGAAAAAAGAAAAAACCUAAAUAAAUGACUUGUCUUUUUUCUUCUCCCAAACUCAUGGUUCUUAUGAAAGCAUUGUGAACAGUUCUACAGAUAUUGUGACUUUCUCAGUUGUUGGCGCUAAAAGUGUCGCCUUCUAUAAAGAAGCACCUCAUUUUUCAUAAUCUUGAAAAAAAAAAAAAGGAAAUAUUUUACAAUUCUUAGAAAAUUUGCAAUUCUUACUGACUUAGUCAUCAAGGUACUUUAUCUACGUCAUAAUGUGGCAGGAUAAUUUUUGAGGUUGUCAUGUCUAAUGCUUACUACAUUCUCCCAUAUGCUAAGGAAAUCAGUGAAACAAGUAAAUAUAUAUAAUGUAUAUAUAGUAUAUAUUAUAUCUGCUUCAUAAGCCUAGCGAUUAUAUUAGAUGAGCUGCUGAGUUCCUAUACAGCAUUUUAAGUCCAUUAUGAGUACAGAUGAUGCAGUUUUAAUGGUCCUUCAUAUAGUUAAAAGAGGAACAAGAAGAUUUAUGUUUAUUAUGUGUAUCCAUCAUAAAUGUUGGUAAGUUCUGUAAGCAACUAUCAUCUUAUUUUGCAAGAGAGAUGCUUUGUAAAGCUACCCGUUUCUAUUAUUGUUUUGUUUAUACCUACAUAAUACAGAAUCUGAUAGUGUCUUCCAUUAAUAACGAAAAAUCUCCUAUUGACUGCCUAUCUUCUGUCAUUGCCAGACAGGGUCCUUAAGCAGUGCAAAAUACAACUGAAUCUUAAAAUGUAUUAGUGUUGUCUACAGAUUGUUGACUUCUACAAGAACUUAGCUUCAUAUAACCCCAUUUCUGUGUCAGGCUGGAGGCUGGUCACCAGCAGUGUCCCUCGGGGGUCAGUCCCUCAGGGACUGAUGCUCUUCAACAUCUUUACAAAUGACAUAGGUGAUGGCAUCGAGUGCACCCUCAGCAAGUUUGCGGAUGACACCAAGCUGAGCAGUGCAGUCGAUAUGUUAGAAGAAAGGGAAGCCACUCAGAGGGAGCUGGACAGGCUGGAGAAGUGGGCCCAUGAAAACCUGAUGAGGUUCAGUAAGGCCAAGUGCAGGGUGCUGCACUUGGG